UCUCCCAAUCAACAGCCAUUUCCCCAAGUACAAUAAUAAUAGAAAAUUGUAAGUUGUCUGGGAUCCAGAUCUUCUGGUUUUCUUGUAUAAACAAAACAUGGGGUUCCCCCCUCUACAAUCCCAAAGAACUCAUCACCUUCUUCUUUGCUCUCUCACCACUCACCAAUGCCUGCACUUCUAAGAAGCCCUUCUCUUUUCUCCACCUAUACCUUUCUACUUCUUUCACUAAACUCCCUCUUCUUCUUCUCUCCUGGCCACUCCAUUGAUGCACAGGGCCAAGCUCUUCUAGCAUGGAAGGCAAGGCUGAACAGCUCAACAGAUGCUUUGAAGUCAUGGAAUGCUGUGGACCAAAGUCCUUGUUCCUGGUUUGGGAUAUUCUGCAACUCAGAUGGAGAAGUUGUGAAGAUAAGCUUGAAGGCAGUGAAUUUGCAAGGCCCACUGCCUUCAAAUUUGCAGCCUCUCAGAUCAUUGGAUACUCUGAUCAUAUCAUCUGCCAAUCUCUCAGGCUCUAUUCCCAGGGAGUUUGGGGACUAUCUUGAGCUGGUUGUUCUUGACAUAAGUGACAACUCAAUCACAGGGACCAUUCCAGAAGAGAUAUGUAAUCUGGGAAAGUUGCAGGCUUUGGGUUUGAACACAAAUUUGCUUGAAGGUGGGAUUCCUGGAGAGAUUGGGAGGCUCUCCAGCCUCAAGUAUCUAACGCUCUACGAUAACCAGAUCAGCGGGGAGAUUCCUAGGAGCUUCGGGCAGCUGAGCAAUCUUGAAGUGUUCAGGGCUGGUGGGAAUCAGGAUCUUAAAGGCGAAUUACCUUCUGAGAUUGGGAACUGCAAGAACUUGCAAGUUUUAGGCCUUGCAGAAACAGGCAUUUCCGGGGGGCUUCCAUCCUCAAUUGGCAAGCUGAAAAGGAUUCAAACCAUAGCUAUAUACACAUCACUGUUGUCAGGCCCCAUUCCAGAAGAGAUUGGGAACUGCAGUGAGUUGCAGAACCUCUACUUGUACCAGAAUUCAAUCUCGGGUCCCAUCCCCCGGACCAUGGGGAAGCUCGAAAAGCUUCAAAGUUUGCUGCUUUGGCAGAACAGCAUAGUGGGCACCAUCCCAGAAGAGCUGGGAAGCUGCAAAGAACUCACAGUCAUUGAUUUAUCAGAAAAUCUCCUGACAGGCAGCAUCCCAGCAAGCUUGGGGGGCCUUUCGAGGCUCGAGGAGCUACAGCUAAGUGUGAAUAAGUUAUCAGGUACCAUACCUUCUGAACUAUCAAAUUGCACUGCUCUGACUCACUUGGAAGUUGACAACAAUGCAAUUUCUGGGGAAAUUCCUGCUGAAAUUGGGAAACUUAAAAGCAUGACUCUAUUUUUCGCCUGGCAGAAUAACCUGACAGGCAACAUUCCAGACUCUUUAUCUGAAUGUGAGAGCCUUCAGGCCCUUGACCUCUCUUACAACACCCUCUUUGGCCAAAUACCAAAGGGGAUAUUCUCUCUGAGAAACCUCACUAAACUGUUGUUGCUUUCCAAUGAUUUAUCCGGGUUUAUACCGCCCGAUAUAGGGAACUGCACAGAAUUGUAUAGAUUUCGAGUGAACAAGAACAGGCUGGGAGGCACUAUUCCAGUAGAAAUAGGGAAUUUAAAAAUCUUGAAUUUUCUUGACAUGAGCAACAACCACUUCAUGGGUUCUGUUCCUCCCUCAAUUUCUGGAUGCAUAAACCUUGAGUUUCUUGAUCUUAGUUCAAACGCAUUGAGUGGCCUUGUCCCUGAUUCCUUACCCAAAACCUUACAAUUUCUAGACAUGUCAGAUAAUAGGCUUACUGGUCCAUUGGGACCAAGCAUUGGUUCCUUAACAGAACUAACAAAGCUGAAUCUUGGGAAAAAUCAACUUUCUGGCAGAUUCCCAGCAGAGAUAGUGUCUUGCACUAAGCUUCAGUUGCUAGACAUUGGGAACAAUGGCUUCUCAGGUGAUAUACCAAAAGAGUUGGGUAAAAUCCCCUCACUGGAAAUCUCUCUGAACCUUAGUUACAAUGGGUUCACUGGAGAUAUCCCAGAUGAGUUUUCCGGCCUUACCAAACUAGCAACUCUUGAUCUUUCCCACAACAAGCUGACUGGGAAAUUAGAUGUUCUUGCACACCUUCAAAACCUUGUUUCCCUCAAUCUAUCAUCCAAUAACUUCGAGGGCGAACUACCCAACACGCCUUUCUUCCGCGGAAUCCCAUUGACAGAUCUUGCUGGAAACCCAUCUCUGUAUAUUUCUGGUGGGGUUGUAACUUCAGCUAAUAGCAGAGGACAUGCCAAGACGACCACAAUGAAGCUAGCAAUGCCAAUUCUUGUCACUGCCAGUGCAGUUUUAGUACUUCUGGCAAUAUACAUCCUGGUUAGAUCCAAUUUGGGCAACAAGGGAUCAUCAGGGAUUACAGAGACAUGGGAGAUGACACUUUAUCAGAAACUGGAUUUCUCCAUAGAUGACAUAGUUCGCAACCUCACAUCCGCCAAUGUGAUUGGCACUGGGAGCUCUGGGGUUGUUUACAGGGUGAUGAUUCCUAAUGGGGAAACUCUGGCAGUGAAGAAGAUGUGGUCAACAGAGGAAUCAGGGGCGUUCAGUUCUGAGAUUCAGACUCUGGGUUCUAUCCGGCAUAAGAACAUUGUCCGUCUUCUAGGGUGGGGUUCGAACCAGAGCCUGAAACUGCUGUUCUAUGAUUAUCUUCCCAAUGGGAGCUUGAGCUCGCUCCUCCAUGGCACUGGGAAGGGAGGAGCGGAAUGGGAGAGGAGAUAUGAUGUUGUUCUGGGCGUGGCUCAUGCGCUUGCGUACUUGCACCAUGACUGUGUUCCUCCAAUUCUUCAUGGGGAUGUUAAAGCUAUGAAUGUGUUGUUAGGCCCUCGAAUGGAACCUUACCUUGCCGACUUUGGGCUGGCAAGAAUUGUCCAUAGCAAUUGCGGCGCCGCCGCCGACGUCAGUUCAAAGCAAGCCCAAAGGCCUCACCUUGCCGGUUCUUAUGGCUAUAUGGCUCCCGAGCAUGCUUCGAUGCGGCGUAUCACUGAAAAGAGCGACGUUUACAGCUUCGGGAUAGUACUCCUGGAGGUGCUUACAGGAAGGCAUCCACUAGACCCAACAUUGCCCGGAGGAGCACAUCUAGUGCAGUGGGUUGGGGAGCAUUUACACAGCAAGCGCGACCCGGUUGAGAUCUUGGACGCAAAGCUGAGGGGCAGAGCUGAUCCCCAGAUGCAUGAAAUGCUUCAGACUCUCGCAGUUUCAUUCCUGUGUGUGAGCACCAAGGCGGAAAGCCGUCCCACGAUGAAGGACGUUGUGGCGAUGCUGAAAGAGAUUCGACACGAAGAUCCUGCGAGCUCGGAGGCGGUGAAGGGAGGCGGCGGUGGAGCCACGGCGGCGGUCCCCAAAUCGCCUCCUACCAGCAGGAAUGUGUUGCAUGGGUCUUCCAGCUGCUCCUUUGAGUUCUCUGACAAUUCAAUCUAAACAACAGCAAUAGAGGCUAAAACAUGUGAAUAUAUCCUCCAGGCCAAACAAUAAGAGAAUCCAAUGGAAUAGGGCGUUUCAUGUAAUGUAAUGUUAUAUUGCAUUAUCCAUUUAUCCUUCAAUUGAGAGGACUUCACAA